AUGUCAAUUAAUCCAAGCACACUUGCGCCGCGGCGGCCACUCCUCUGGGGCCUGGCCGCCGCCGCUCUCCUCCCCCUCUCAGCCUCCGCCCAGGGCGCCGCGGGACCCAUCUCCUCGUGCCUCAACCAGAACGACCCGAGCCUGCCCCUCCAAUCCCGCACCAUCUUCCAGUUCGGGGCGGGAAACGACAAGACGUUCCUCGAGAAUAUCGCCACCCGCGCCAACGGGGACCUCCUCGUCACAAUGGCCGUCCCGCAGGCCAACGUCUUCGCCAUCCAGAACCCGAUGACCUCGUGCCCGACCAUGGUGCCGGUGUUCCAGGUGCCCGGUAGCAACGGGACCCACGGCAUCACGGAGAUCGCGAACCGGCCGGACGUCUUCGCCGUCGUGGCCGGCAACAUCAGCCUCAGCGGCAACCCGGCCAACGGCGUGCUGGGCAGCAACUCGCUGUGGGAGCUGGACCUGCGCACGAGCGGGUCCCCCGCGCAGCCGGGCCCCAAGACGGGCGUCGCCCCGGACCCGAGCUGCCCGGCCGCGCUGCCCCUCGAGGUCGCCGCCCGCAAGAUCGCCGACAUGCCCAUGGCGCCCCGCCUCAACGGCCUGGCCGCCGUGCCCGGGACCUCGGCCGUGCUCGUGGGCGACAGCCAGCUCGGGGUCGCCUUCCGCGUGGACACGGCCUCGGGCGCCGUGACGACCGCGCUCGACCUGCCCGAGAUGAAGCCCGUCCCCGGGGCCGGCAGCGCCGACGACGCGCUCGGGCUCAACGGGAUGAAGGUCCGCGGCGGCGCGCUGUACUUCACCACCGCGGCGUCGCGCACCGUCUACCGGAUCGCCAUCAUGCCCGACGGCAGCGGGCCGAUGCCGGGCGCGGCCGUCGAGACCAUCGCCGCCGUCCCCACCGCCAGCUGGAUGGACGACAUCGACGUCCGCGACGACGGGUCCCUGUGGGUCACGACCAACACCGGGAACACGCUGCUGGCGCUGCAGCCCUCCGCCGCGGCGAACGGGACGGUGGCCGGCGCGGCCCGGGCGCAGUUCAACGCCCCCGGUUGUGGCGCUGGGUGCGGCGACCGCGCCCACGGUGGCGGGCGCGGCGUCUGUGGCCUUUGGCCGUGGGAGCGUGAGCAGGAACACGGCUUUUGUCGUGACUGGGUCGGGGAGUGA